ACCGGGCAACGGGCGAACAUCGGGUAACAUCGCCCGGGUGACAACUUGGACAACAUGUGUCUGCGGUGGUACAUUGCUGGAUUUCUGUGCUGUAUCCUUCAGAUGAGCACGCUGGUCGGCACCAACAGUACCCAAUCAAGGAGUCCCCUGAGGCUGCCUGAUGAUGUGGACUUGCGCCAGCUCCUAACCCUGGCGUGCCACGCCGAAAACCAGGAGACAUACGAGCGUCUGAACGGAACGCUGCAUUGCAAUGCAACAUGGGAUACCGUCACGUGCUGGCCUCCUGCUCCUGCGGGGACAUUAGUGCACAUGCCCUGUCCGGGACAACUCCGAGGGAUCAAAUAUGACACUUCAAAAAAUGCCACCAAGAUGUGCUACGAAAACGGCACCUGGGCAGUGAGGGCCGACUACAACGGGAACUGUCGCCCUCUUGUGGACAGUUUUACGGCAGAGAGCGAGGAAAUGAGACAUUGGCGCAGACAUCUGGAGAACGCCAAACUCCUGAACAACAUCGGCCACGCUGUGUCCCUCUUCUGUCUCGUCAUAGCGUUCACGCUGUUCGCAUAUCUUAAAAGCAUCCGGUGUACGAGGAACAACAUCCACUGUAACCUGGUGGCAACUUUCAUCCUCAGAAACAUCUGCUGGUUCAUUAUGCAAGAAGUUAUGAAUGUCCAGACCGUGCUUGACAAUAGCUGGUACUGUCGAGUGGCAGUCACCUUGUUCAACUACUUUCAAGUCACCAACUUCUUCUGGAUGUUUGUGGAGGGGCUGUACCUGCACAUCAUGGUGGCACAUGCCUUUGGGACCGAGAGGAUCAAGUGCUGGAUGUACGCUGUGAUUGGCUGGUGUUUGCCUAUCCCAAUCAUUCUGUCCUGGGUGAUAGUGAUGUCGCUUUUGCAGGAUGAAAGAUGCUGGGUUGAUUCAACAACUGGACAGAACUCUCACUAUGACUUCAUUUACCACGGACCGGUCAUCAUCGUGUUACUGGUGAACUUUGUGAUCCUGGGAAAGAUUGUGAGAAUACUGGUGCUGAAGCUCAGAGCCCACCCAAACUCACUGGAUACAACACACUACAGCAUCAAGGCAGUGAAAGCGACGGUGGUGUUGUUGCCUCUUCUGGGCAUCACAUACAUGCUGUUCUUCAUCCACCCCAGCGGGAGAGGGACGUCCAAAAUCUUCUUCAGAUACUUCAACUCAUUCCUGCAGUCCUUCCAGGGAUGCUUUGUGUCUGUCAUCUACUGCUUCUCUAACACAGAGGUUCAGAAUGCAAUACAGCGCAGAGUUGAUAGAUGGCGCAACCAACAACAGUGUGCUCACAACAGCACCCCAUCUAAACAGAUGGUUCUCGCGGUUUUCUCAGCGUCAGCAUCAACCGUCGACAAGAACGAGAACACGAAAGCAGCUUCUGUGUGUAAAGGUACGGACUUAAAAAGACCAUCUGUAAUCGAAGAAGAGUAAAUGCCCUGCUCCCCCCCCAAAAAAAAACACAACAACAAACAAACAAACAAACCAAGGAAGGACAGAAAGGACAAAGCGCCAGAGCACCAGAUGAUUUACUGAAGGAGAUGGAAAAAAUUUAUGAAAAAUUGUUGUAAAAUUCACAAAUAAUUGACAAGGAAUUAACUUUAUAAUACUAGUACCAUCUCCAUUUCUUAGACGGUUAGUAUACCUGUAUGUGCCAUGAGUAUUUGAAGAGGGUCUGCAUGCC